UUUUCAUCGCCUUUUCAAAUCCUCUCACUUCUGCCGCUAGAAAACCCUAAAAAAAACUUCGAAGGUCUGAAAUUUUUGCUAUUGUUGAUCUAUUUAGCGUCCAUUUGAGGUUUUCCCUCUUUUCCCUGAAUCUUUUUUCUUCGAUUUAGUAGUGGAAAUGGCGAUCGAGGUUGAGGAUGGGGUAAAGAGUGAACCGGUCUCUGAUUCGCCUACGUCUGUUCUUGAAGAAGACGAGGCAAUCACUGCAACCUUUCCUCUUGAGCUAGAAGCUAAGAAUGGUGAUACCUCCCUCAUUUCAAAGACAAUGGCUGAAGAGGAAAAAAAAUUACACGAGGCUCGAGAGAAAGAAAAGGCCGAGGCUAAGUUAGACCCUAACUUCAAGUUUGACAAGUUGGACGAGCUGCUUACUCAAACACAGCUCUACUCUGAAUUUCUGCUAGAGAAAAUGGAUGACAUCACUGCACAGAACUCUGCAGUGAAAGUUGAAGAAGAAGUAGAAGAAGAUAGUCCCAAAGAAGAAGAUGCUCCUAAGGGGAAGAAGGGACGGAAGAGAAAGGCCGCUAAUAAAGCUUCAAAGUACAACACUAGAAAAGCGAAGACUGCAGUCGCAGCUAUGCUAACAAGAUCUCAUGAAACUAUUGCACCUGAAGAUGCUUGCCUCACCGAGGAGGAGAGGGCUGCAAAAGAGCAGGCUGAACUUGUACCACUAUUAACUGGUGGUAAACUUAAAAAUUAUCAAAUUAAAGGUGUAAAGUGGCUUAUAUCAUUGUGGCAAAAUGGACUCAAUGGGAUACUGGCGGAUCAAAUGGGUCUUGGGAAAACAGUGCAGACUAUUGGUUUUCUUGCACAUCUCAAAGGCAAGGGUCUGGACGGGCCUUAUAUGGUUAUAGCUCCACUUUCUACCCUCUCCAACUGGUUUAAUGAAACCCGAAGGUUUGUUCCCUCCAUGGAUGUGAUUAUAUAUCACGGAACUAAGGAUGACCGGACUGAGAUAAGAAAAAAGUUCAUGCCUAAAAGUAUUGGGCCUAAAUUUCCUGUGGUGAUUACUUCUUAUGAGGUUGCUUUCAGGGAUGCAAAACCUCUAUCUCACUACAAAUGGAAGUAUGUUGUUGUGGACGAGGGUCAUCGCUUAAAAAAUAUGAACUGCCUCCUACUGAGGGAGUUAAAACGCUUGCCAAUUGAAAACAAGCUUCUUUUGACCGGGACCCCUCUUCAAAACAAUUUGGCAGAGCUUUGGUCACUGUUGAACUUCAUCUUGCCUGACAUUUUCUCAUCCCAUACUCAGUUUGAAUCUUGGUUUGAUUUUUCUGGGAUGACCAACAGUGACUCACAGCAGGAAGAUACUGAAGAAAAGAGGCGGGUCGAGGUGGUAUCAAAGCUUCAUGCUAUUCUGCGUCCAUUCCUCCUACGGCGUAUGAAAGUGGAUGUAGAGAAGAAUCUUCCACGAAAGAAGGAGAUAAUUCUCUAUGCAAAUAUGACUGAUCAUCAAAAGAAAAUCCAGGAUCAUUUAGUCAACAAAACAUUUGAGGACUAUGUACAAGAAACUACAGAUGGUACCUCCAGAAGGGGCAUGAAAGGGAAGUUGAACAAUUUGGUAAUUCAACUUAGAAAGAACUGUAACCAUCCUGAUCUUCUGGAGUGUCAAUAUGAUGGAUCAUAUUUUUAUCCUCCUACAGAACAGUUGGUAGAACAGUGUGGGAAAUUCCAGCUGCUAGACAGACUCCUCACCUUGCUACUUGCACAGAAGCACAAAGUUCUCAUUUUCUCUCAGUGGACUAAAGUCUUGGAUAUAAUUGAAUAUUACUUUGGUCAGAAGGGUCUUGAGGUUUGUCGAAUUGAUGGUAGUGUUAAACUGGAUGAGAGAAAGAGGCAGAUAGAGGCAUUCAAUGAUUUGGAUAGCAAAGUCAAUGUAUUCCUUCUCAGCACUCGUGCUGGUGGCCUGGGUAUUAACCUCACUGCAGCUGACACAUGUAUUCUUUAUGAUAGUGACUGGAAUCCUCAAAUGGAUUUGCAGGCAAUGGAUCGAUGCCAUAGGAUUGGGCAAACUCGACCUGUGCAUGUAUACAGACUUGCUACGGCUCAUUCUGUAGAGGGACGGAUCAUUAAGAAAGCAUUUUCAAAGUUAAAACUGGAGCAUGUCGUUAUUGCGAAAGGACAAUUCCAACAAGAAAGUGCAAAACCUAAUACAUUUGAGGAAGCUGAAUUGUUGGCCUUGCUCAAAGAUGAAGAUAAUGAAGAAGAUAAGUUGACCCAGACUGACAUUAGCGAAGAAGAUUUGUUAAGGGUUUUGGAUCGCAGCGACUUAGUUUCUGGAUCCGCCGGUGUAACAGAGAGUUCCUCUCUUCCUUUACGAGGACCAGGUUGGGAGGUAGUAUUACCAGCGAGCAGUAGCGGUAGUGUACUCUCAUCGCUGAGCGGUGGACCCUGAAGAUAGGAUUUGAAAGAGGGGAUGUUUUUUUUGGGUGUGGUGAUGAUCACCACAAUUUUGGGCAUUCCAUGAGGUCUUGAUGGUAAAAGUUUUUACCGUACCCCUGGAAUAUUUUUGUAUAUACACUUCUGUGGUGAAUGCUGUAACACUAUAGAGGAGUGGAGUGUGCUUUAGUUACUGUAAAAGCAUACAUUAUUGAUGUUUUUAUUUGUGCCUCUGUUAGGGGCAAAAGGUGCAGUGAUGCGCAUACUGAACAUCUUCAUUGAACAUUUAGUUGCAGUUCUCAAUUUUAUACUAAGUGGUUUAAGGUGCUUGAAGAA